AGAUUUUUUUGCAGUAGGCGUGCGGCGCACCGGCCACAUUCUAGGCUUAAUCGAUCGAAUUUACCAUGGAGGGAUGCUCGGAAGGCGCGAUGUUCCUCCUGUUCUCUUACUUCUUCUACUCAUUAUUCUCAUAUUGUUAACUCUCUCUCAAAUUCUCGUCGUUCAUCACGGUCGAUUUAGAGCCACAGUUCGGGGAAGAGGCCGUGGAAGGACCGAAUUAAGACGACUUGAUAUAAAUCUCCAACAACUUCUACAUCAAAACGUUCCGUCAAUUGAUACCCAUCGAAAACUUUUGCAAAACGAAAGAAACGAGGCGAGAAUUCGUAAUAUUUUACACAGAGCUUCAGAGGGAACGAUACAAAUAUCUAAUCGAACAGCUUCCAACCAACGAUGUCCGCUUAUACCGCCGAAUUUGUUUGGUCCCAUAAGGGUCAAUACCACUACACAAUCAUCUGAUAGAGCUUCUGAGGAGCUAGAAUUUGGUGGGAGUUGGCGUCCUAAGGACUGCAUAGCAAGACACAAAGUAGCCGUAAUAAUACCUUAUCGCGAUCGAAAGGAACAUUUGACUAUCCUCUUAUCAUAUUUACAUCCCAUAUUGCAAAGGCAGCAAUUGGAUUAUCGUUUAUUUGUUGUAGAGCAAUUCGGCAUUCAAACCUUUAAUAAGGCAAGGAUAAUGAAUGUCGCUUUUAUAGAAGCUGCUAAGGUAUAUUCGUCUUCGUGCGUGGUCUUCCAUGACGUUGACUUGAUUCCUGAGGAUGACCGCAACAUGUACAGCUGCCCGGAACAACCUCGGCAUAUGUCAGUGGCUAUCGACGAAAUGGGAUACAAAUUGGCCUACGAGGAAUUAGUAGGAGGCGUGUUGGCAAUGCGAAACGAGCACUUUGAACUAGUCAACGGCUACUCGAAUUUAUAUUGGGGCUGGGGAGCAGAGGACGACGAUAUCGCCUACAGGAUAUUGUAUUCCGGUUUGGUUAUCAGUCGACCGCCAACGAGGAUAGCACGCUACAAGAUGGUUAAACACACGAAAAGAAAACCUUCCGAUUGGAGAAAGAGAAUUAGGCUCCUUUAUACCGGAACUAGACGUCUACAAUACGACGGCCUAAAUAGUGUCCAGUAUAAGCUCCUCUCUACUAAACUACACGAUUCAUAUACUCAUUUUUUAGUUGAUAUAGGCAAACCUCCUCAGGGCUUCUAGGCCUGAAGGAUAUCAGGUGGUCAGCCCACCAACGCAGAUGAUUUUCUUUUAUUUUCGUACAUUUUGUUACAAACUACUUCCAUUUAUUUGUAAUAAGUCUCAUAAGAAUACAAAUAAAAUAUCAAAUGUACUAUUGGUGUCAUUUUAUGUGCUUUAUAUUAGUAGUUAUGUACAUUUAAAACUUUAUAUAGUCU